AUGUCAGACGAAUUACGAAUAGAUUGUAGUGAAAGUGGAGGCAUUAGACGGUUAGAACAAUUUUUAUCAUAUAUACGUUUAUUAUAAUAUAUACUUUUUCAUUGAUUUUUUCUAGAACCGGACCGUUUUCUCCAAGUCUACCACUAUCAGUUAGAAAACAAGUGGCUCUUUUGAAAAAUGUAAGUUUUUGUUGUUGUGAAUGAUUAGGAAAGUUAAAGGAAAAAUUUGUUUAAGAUGGAUUCACCGAGUGCGGAUGAUGGUGGAAUGUCCAGUGGAGCAUCUACACCAACUAGAAAACGUCUCCCGAUGGUAAAAAUUUGAAAUUUUAGGAUUUUCGGGGAAAAUACUGUAGCUUGUGCAAACACUGCGCAAAACAUUUUAAAUGACGCGCAGAAAUUUUAAUUUGUUCGAGAGCUGACAAGCAAAAGUAAUAAUUAGAAUUAUUUUCGAAAUCUCGUGACUAUUUAGAACAUUUAUGUAAUUUUUUAAAACCUAACAAAAAAACAUUCUAGGUGCUACGAAAAAACGAUAAAGGCGAAACGUUUUUGCAUAUAUAUGCGAGAAGAGGAGACACCACAGAGACAUUGAAAAUAAUCCAGCAAGGUGCAAAUUUAAACGAACAAGAUAAUGCCGGCUGGACACCUUUGCACGAAGCAUGUGGAAAUAAUCAAUACGCAACCGCUGAGCUUUUGAUAAGUCAUGGUGCGAAUGUGAAUUUGAGCUCAACUGGAACCGGAGACACACCUCUUCACGACGCGUGCGCUGUCAAAAAUCCACAGCUUAUCGAUCUACUUUUACGAAAAGGUGCGGACAGAAAUAUAAGAAAUCGAAAAGGUGCACUUGCUAUUGAAUUAUUAUCCGAAGAUGAUGUUGAAGCUUUGAAAAUAUUUGAGACAGUUAUGGCAACUUCGUCUUCAUCAUCGUCUUCCUCUUCUUCUUCAACAAGUUCAGUAAUUUCAACAAAUUCUGAUAGAGAUGAUGAAGAAAUUGAAGACGAAGAUACUGGAACACCAGUUCCAGCGUGUCGAUCAAGCGCUUUAAUUUCAUCAGAACAACCGAAAGAUGAAGAAGAAAUGGGAUCAUCAUCGCCAGAAGGAAAAGAUGCUACGGUAAGAUAUUUGCCCUCUAAUAAUUAGGGGAGAGCUGUGAAGGGGAGAAAAUACGAUUUUUCAGUUCACAUUAACUACUUCACGUCGAGGAGUUUCAACUCGUCCAAGAAGAGCAGUUCGUGAAAAGGUGAGUUUUUUUCUAUUUUUCUGGUCCCGAAGCUCACUAAAUUCUUUUCCAAAAUUCUAGUUUUCACCCGCUUUGCUUUGUAAGUUACAUAAUUUUAGAAAUGAUUUUUAAAAAUAUAUAGAAUUUUCCACGUUUUCCAAAAAAAAAUACAUUUCCACGUAUGCCCUUUUUCAUUUCAUUUUCAAUAUUUUGCAGGCGCCAAUCCGUCAAACCCGCAAAACACGUGGCUCCAGAGCAGCAGGUCCAACACGUCGUGGAGCACCACGAAAUGCAUCAAAAAGAGGAGCGGCAGGCGGCUAUUAUGCUGCCGAUGAAAGUGCGCCCCAACGAACAAAUAUAUCUGAUUCAGCUGUGGUGGUCGCUUCGCUUUCAACAACAAACACUGCUGUUUCUUCGAGUGCUCCAAUAUCUGCAAGAUUUUUGGGUAAAAGUGCGUUUUUUUUCUUGAUUUAGAUAUAUUAAAAUUUGAUUCUUUUGUUAUUUGUUUAUUUAAUUUAUAAAAGAAAAAUCGAUUUUUUGUAGAGUUCGACGAAAUGACUACGGAUGAUCCAUCGAAAAAGGGCAAAGAUGUUUACGAAUUUCGAGAUGAUGAAGAUGAAGAAAUGCCACUUGUUCGAUUUGACACACCUUCUACUUCAAGUUCUUCAGCAAUUCAAAAUCCAUUGAAAAGAAAAUUCGAAGAAAGCGAUGAAUCAAGAAAAGUUCCACCAAUUCGAAUCAGUCUAAAAGAAAUCGUUCAGAAAGAAAAACUUGCUGAAAUUGAAGACCAAAAAAGGGAGGAAAAUCCGAUUGUUGAAGAAGAAAAAGCUGAAGUUGCAGAAAAUGAAACUGUAGAAAUGGAGGAGAAAAUUGAGGAUGUCCCAACAACAAGUGCAGCUGUGCCGGCGCCAGUCGAAGAAACGAGUUCUGGUUACGGAACUCGGAAGAAUAGGGGGAGACCGUAUAAGAAACAAGCGUUGGCAACGAAACCAGAAGAUAAACGGGUUACAAGAAGCAAGGUGAGCUAGAGAUCUAAUUUUUGAGAGGAAUUUUGGAAGUUUCUCAAACUGGAAAGCUAUUGUCCAGCUGAAAAUCAUACAGUUUUUGAGCCUUAUUUUCAUCAGAUCCUUCUUUUCAAAAACCUUUUUCCCACAGGUUCGCCAAGCUCCCGAAGAAACUCAAGAAGAAGUUCAACGAAGUGUUCGAAAUCGUCUAUCCUCUGUCAGAAUCUCAACAAGUUCUGCCCCAGCUCCUGGCCCCAAACCCGCCACCGCUACAGUACUCACCGAAGGAGUCAAGGCUUCGCAUAUCAUGUCACCGAAAUCUAGUGUUGAUUUAAAAUCUCCACCAUUUUCACGUAAGUUUCCUUCGAAAAGUCGCAAUCAAAAUUCGUGAAUUUUCAGCAGCCUCUUCAACAAAACCACGUUUCAAACAAGUCGUCAAACAUAUUUAUCAAGGAAAUCCGGAAAGAACAUAUUUCACAUUGAAACAUUACACAUUGAAAAAGUAUCAAUAUGAGCAGCAAAAACGGAAUAGUGUACCGGAGAGACCGAUUAUCAUGAAAGAGCGAGAGUAUUUAUCGUAUUUGGAGGCGAAUGAUAUUCGAUUCUGGAAAUUUAUUUUGGCAGACAAACCAGAACCGAGAAUUAUGCCUGAAGAUUGUCCGGAAGAAAUGAAAGAAUUGUGGAAAACUAUUGAUGAGGAACAGUGAGUAUGGGGAAAUUUGAGAGGGGGAUAUUUUUUAAUUUUAUGAGAAUACAUUCAGGCAUGUUCCUGGGGCCGGCCGGGCCGAGCCCGGGCCCUCAUCUCAAAGCCAUGGCCUCGGCCCGGCUUUCAAUGAAAUUGUGGGGAAAGCCAGGGCCGAACCCCGGCUCGGCCCGGCCGGCCCGUUUUGGCCCGAUUUCAAUAUUUUCUCGUUCUUAUCACUAUUUUUUCUAUGUUUUUCAUUCAUUAAUUCUGACGUCAAAUAAUAGAAAAACAGGAAAAUGAAGCAAAUUGUUAGAUAUUUUAUUCUAAAACGCCUGUAAAAUCAAUUUUUGUCAAAAAAAAAUUUUUUUUUUACAACUCUGACACGAUUUUUUCGAAUUGUAAUCCUAAUUCACAUGUUUGAAAACAUUGUCUCGGUAUUUUAGCCUAAUUCUAAUCGAAUAGUGGACUUGCGAACUUGAGAAAAAUAAGUGUGUUGUUGACAAAAAAAUUGGAAGGGCCAGCCGGGCCCGGCUCGGCCCUGGCUGGCUUUUCAGGAGCCAUCGAGCGAGAAGCCGGGCCGGGCCCUAAAGCCCGUUUUUUCCAUUCGGCCAGGCCGGGCCGGGGCCAGCCCGGUCGUAGGAACAUGUCUGGAAUACAUUUGUUCCUGGUCAAAAAUUCAAAAAAUAAUAAAACGUGAAUUUCACGUGACCAUUUCAUUUUCAGUUUUCAUAAUCAUUUCCAACUGAUAUACAUAUUUUUCAGAUACAAGUUAUUGAAUGAAUGGAGAAUCGAGAAAAUUCGAAUGAAAAUCACAAUUCAAAGAAGAAAUGUUGAAACAAGAGAUGAUCGAUGGGUAAGAAAAUUUCCAAAUAUUUUAAUUCUUCAAUUUUCAUCUUUUCUAGCGACACGAGCAUGGUGAUUAUACUGUACGUCCAACGCUUUUGACACCACUUUUAAGAAGUUAUGAGUGAGUUUUUCUUUUCUGAAUUGAUAAUUUUUCCAAUGUGUGUUUCUAGCGCUGGAAUGUUGGAAAAAGCUGAAAGAGAUCGUGAAGUUCCGACAGCUGCUGAGAUGGAAAAAUGGACAGAGGAACGGGUUGAACAAGUGAGACUGAGACAAUUUUGUGUGGCUAGGGUUAUGUAUAAUAAACAUGUGAGUUUUGGGGGAUCAAAGGGUCCGAGGAAUUUACAAAGUUAAUUUUUUUUGAUAAACUUGGAUUUUCGCUAAUUUUAGAUGAUUUCAAAUUGAUGUUUCCUAGAGAAACCAUCGAUUUUGGUCCUUUGAAAGUCGAGUUCUCUGAAUUUUAAAAGUUUCAAAUAUUUUGUUCGAAAUAUGUUUCUUUUUUUUUCAGAAAACGCUUUGGGAAAUGGAUUCAAAACGAUUCCGAAUUCAUAAAUCGUUUUAUAAAAAACGGCUCGAUGAAUUUGUGCCGAAUUUGGUCGAAUUGGUCACUCCGCUUGAUCCUGAUUUGUAA